AUGAGUACCUUGGUGACGAACAUGGCAGGAGACGGCAAGAGCUUUGACAUCAUCCAAAAUCGGAUUGAGUCACUUAGCAGCAAGAUGGACAAACUCAUCAACAUUCAAGAAAAGGUCCUUAACCGACUGGAUGGGAUGUCUCAGGACAUUGACGACAUUGAAAAGGAUAUGGAGAAUCUGAAGGUUGACAAUGAGGAGAUCCAUUUUCCGCCCAAGAUGGUGAACCAGACCCAGCUGGUGGGGCGAGAGGUGAGGGAGAUAUGCCACGAGAUGAGCACCAUCAUGUCGGUGGUGAACCAACGGUCCGAGCAGCAGGCUCAGAAGCUGGAAGGGAUGGAAAAGCUGGUCCUCAGCAUGCAGCAGGUGAUCAGCUUCAUUGGGGAGACGGUGAAGAGUUCCAGGGUUAUGGAGCUGAUGUUUAAAGGCCCUGCGGCUCGGAAGGGAUCCAAAUCCAAAGACAAUAAAGGCAAGCAAGCCAGUAAGGGGAAAUCAUCUACAGACACAAUAAACAAGAAGCUUGACAAGAAAUCUACCUCUAAUAAAACCAGUAAAGGGAAUCAAGAGAUAACUCCUGCAUGUCAGCCCAGUUCUCCACAGACCUCUCACAAGAUAAAGCUCCAUGGACCAAAGCAUUUCCUCGCCUCUCGCAAAUGUGGAUACUUUUUGAAGGACCACAAAGGUAAAGAUGGGACGGACAAGCCCCCUUUGAGCCCUAAGGGUGUGAAAGCUCAAAAGAAGAUGAAGCCCCCAGACACAGCAGAAAAUAUUUCCCUGAAGAAGCAGGUGUUACUUCUUGAAGAGGUGCAGAAGCUCAACAGAGAGAAUUCAGAGAAAUCAGGUCACCUGCUAACGCCUGGCAAUCUGGAUCUGGAGGCCAGAGUUUCCCCCGAAGAUCAACAACCCGACACUUCUGCUUGUAACCUGGUGGACUACCUGCGUGAAGACACCCAAGUGGCUGCGGAAGAGAAACACGAGGUAGUUAGUGAGGAGGAAGGUGGGGAACAGGUGCAUGAAGCAGAGGCAGCGGUUAAGGAGAAGGAACCGAAGCCAGAUGUGGAGGAUGUAUUGAAAGAGGAAGAAAAGCUUCAAGAGGAGAAGAAGGAAGAGGUUCCUGCUCCUGAAGAAGAAGCAGACAAAGCUUCAGAGCUGACUGCUGCCAAAGAGGAGAAAAUAGAGCCGACUGCUACAAGCGAUGACAACAAGGACGCCUCCCUAUCUCCAGAAGCCGAGCAGGACCCAAUGUCACAAUUCGACUGCAUGAAACACUUUAUAGUGGAGAGACGCAGGAGCGAGGUGGUGGUGGUGGAGGAGGCCAACGACGAGGAGGGGAAGGAAGAGGACCAACAGGGCUGGGCCGUCUUCAAGGCAGAUGGAAUUGAAUUCCAGUUAGACCUUAAACAAAGGGUGGAGAGAGAAAGAAAAGAAAAGGAUGCAGGAAAGAAUGCAGAAGAGGAGGAGGAUGAAGAUGCAGAGCGGUACCAUAUAGACACCACUGCUCCUCCAGCGGCUCCUUUUAAUCACCGCAUUGUUUCUGCCAAGCCCAACCAGAUCAUCAACUUCUACACCAUCAACUGGCAGGAGGUCCUCGGCGGGGGUCGUUUUGGCCAGGUGCACAAAUGUGUGGAAAACUCCUCCGGUCUCACGUUGGCAGCGAAGGUCAUCAAAGCCAGGAGCCUGAAAGAAAAGGAGGUGGUGAAGAAUGAGAUCCAGGUCAUGAAUAAUCUGGACCAUGCCAACCUGAUCCAGCUCUAUGCAGCUUAUGAGUCAAGGAAUGACAUCAUCCUUGUACUUGAAUAUGUUGGUGGAGGGGAGCUGUUUGACAGGAUCAUUGAUGAAAACUACACCUUAAUGGAGCUGGACGCUGUCGUGUUCAUCAGGCAGAUCUGUGAUGGCCUGCAGCACAUGCACAAAAUGUACAUCCUACACUUGGACUUAAAGCCAGAAAACAUUCUGUGUGUGAGCAGAGUCACGAAUAAGAUCAAAAUCAUUGACUUCGGCCUUGCGAGGGUAUAUAAACCACGCGAGAAACUGCGAGUGAACUUUGGGACUCCCGAGUUUCUCGCUCCUGAGGUCAUCAACUACGACUUUGUGUCAUUCAACACAGACAUGUGGAGCCUCGGUGUCAUCACCUACAUGCUUCUGAGCGGCCUGUGUCCCUUCCUCGGUGACGAUGACAACGAGACUCUGAACAACAUUUUGGCCUGUAAGUGGAACUUUGAGGAGCAAGAGUUUAUGGAUACGUCUGAAGAAGCCAAAGACUUCAUCAGGAAACUCUUCAUUAUGAAUAAAAGUUGGAGGAUGGGGGCAUCUGAAGCACUAAGACAUCCUUGGCUGGCUGACGCAGUCCUUCAUCAUCGCCUUUAUACAAAGAAAACUAUGUGCAGAUCACGGCGAUCAUCGUGUGUGCCCACAACUGACAGUUGAGGGCUACACUGAUGCGAUGGCUCCAGCUGUGGCCACUUGGACCAACCCUCCUGUCAAAUGUAAAUGACCUGAAUUUUCAGUCCAUGCACUUGAGGCAUGGGCUGAAAUUCUGCUCCUAACAUGUGAUCCACUGUUGUGUUAUUGUAAUCAUAUACAAAAACGUGAAUAGUCCCACCAUGCAUUAGACUGUAAUUUAACAAUUAAUAUUAGACAUGAUUUUAUCAUAUAAGAGCUUGAUCGUGUGAAAGUGAAAACGUGCACAUUGUACUAUCUACUUCAUUUUUUUCUGAAAUAUCCACUCAGCGAGCCACUCUCAUUUAUCUCUAACCAAAGGCACUGUGCUGUUAUUGUUCACUGCUUUUAUUUGUAUGACGGCUACAGCAUGAUUCGUAUAAUGUCACUGUAAUAAUAUGUGGUACCCGUCUCAGUUCCAAUAUUCAUUUUUUUCCUGGGCUGUAAAUAUAUGCCGAUCUGUAGAUUAAAAUCAGAUUUUCUUAUAUGUUAGGGAAUGGACUCCUUUAAAUUGUACGUAUGGACAGAGGGGAAUCUGUGCGGUCCAUGUCACAAGCUGUAGUAUGUGCACUUUAUAAUGUUAUUUAUUUAAACAUAGAUUAUACGUGAAGCUAUCAUAGUUCCAGUGAAAAGGCUUGUGUGGUCAAAACCAUAUUUCCUUCCUGAUUCUGUUUCUGCUUUGUCCAGGUGUUUAUAAAGAAAACACAUUUUUACUGCAUAACAAACCAACACAGUUUAUGUCUUAUCAGCUGAGGGUAUUAUUUUAAUUCUCUGUUGCAUGUCUCUAUGUGUUUCAUCAGCAAUUGAAGCUUGAAAUAGACACAGAGAGAAAUAACUUUUUUUAAACUUGUUUUUUUUUCACUCUAUAGCUGCUGUAGAAGCUUUUUCCACAGAACAAUGUUUUCAUGCCUUCUGUGAAGGUUCACUAUCUGAAAGUAAUACACUACCUACCUAAUGUUGCCUAAAGUGUUGUUAGAACUACAUUUAUG